GUUGUGUUACCUUUAGUCUGAAGUUUAUGGAUUUCUAUAAAAAUCGAGUGUACUUACACUAAAAAUCCCCGACAAUGAGGAAUCUACGUUGUUUCACAUGAAAGAAAAAGGAAGUUUUGAGUUGAGAUUUCAAAGUGCGAAGUCAUAAAACACCAGACUGCUGUGAACGUGCUUGAUGCCGGUGCUGAGCUUCAUGUGGGCUCUGUGUGUGAACAUGAUGACAGUCAACAUGUUUCUGAGUCUCUUCUUCCUCUCAGGUGCUGCGGAUGCUUGUCGUUACCGUUCAGAACUGGAUGUUAAAACACCACAGAAGAUGGAGGCUCUGAGUGGAUCCUGUUUAAAAAUCCCAUGUAGCUUUGACAAUCCAAAGAGGUUUGACGGCACAAGAGAAACUUCUGCAAUGUGGAUCCGAGAUAGUCCUUCAAGACCUCGCAACAUAGUUUACGACAGUGGAAGGACAAAAAACAAAUAUCCAAUGAAUAUUACAGGCAACCUGCGUGAGAAAAAUUGCACCACUGAGUUUUUUAAUUUAACCACAGAUUACACACACUCAUACUACUUCAGGCUCAUCAAUUUGCCUUUUAAAGCAACAGCUCCUUGUAAUCCUCUUGAGAUCACAGUUAAAGAUUCUCCUCCAAGGCCAACAUUACAAGUCUCAGGUGAUCUGAAUGACCUGAAGGAGAAGGAGUCUGUCACUAUAACCUGCUCAGCUCCCACUCCCUGUCCACACCUCCCUCCUCGACUCACCUGGAGCCUCCAACAAGACGCUCACAGCCAAACAGAGGAAAACACUGAUGGAACUUUAACCACUAAGAUCCAGCAGAACAUCACUCUGUCAGACCAACAUGAUGGAUUCAACCUCAGCUGCUCUGCUGUGUAUCCUGUUGAUGGAGGAAAACAUGUGAAAACAGCUGUGGCAGAGCUCUCUCUCAAUGUUUCUUAUGCUCCUAAAAACACGUCAGCCUCCAUCAGUCCAUCAGGUUUGGUGUCUGCAGGGAGCUGGGUGAACCUGAGCUGCUCCAGCAGAGCCAGACCUGCUGUCAGCUACACCUGGUUCAAGAUCAGUGAUCAUGGAGCAGUCAGAGUGUCUGAAGGAGACUUUUACAGCUUUAAUGUGACGGAAGGAGGAGUUUAUUACUGUGUGGCUGCAAAUCAUCUGGGAAAUCAGACUUCAGAACAGAUUCUUCUGAUUGUUGCAGAUCUUUCUCUGCAUCUGAACACCAUGAUUGGAGUAGUUAUUGGGAUCAUUGUGUUCAUCUGCCUGCUGCUCGGUAUUUACAUCUUCAUGUGUUGGAUUAGAAAAAAGAACACAAAUUCAACUGUGCAAGUGGGUCAGAGUCAGACAGGUGAAGAGCUGGCUGCUGAAGAGCCUGCAGAAAAACCUCAGGAAGAGGGAGAAAACAUCCACUAUGGAGAGAUUGACUUCUCCAAGCAGAAACCUGAACCGUUCUCCAAGUCUGAGAUCAGAAGCAAGCAGGAGGACACUGUGUACGCAGAGGUCAGAGGCUCUCAGCCGGGAAACAGCUCCACACACACUGCUGACCACCCCGAGGAUCUCAACGCUCUUUACGCUGAAAUGAAGGAGAAAUCAGAAUAUUCUGUUGGAUUUACUGAAGUGUGAAGUCAUGAAGAACUUUACUUCUGUACUUAAGUAGAUUGCAGUACUUCAUUUGAACUAUUAUUUUUUCCAUCUUUCCUGCUUUCAAACACAAAUAUCUGUACUUUCUGCUCCUCACAUUGAAAAUGAAAUUGGCUUGUGAUUUCUUUAAACUGAUGCCAAAUCAACAUGGAGUAAUUUGAAUUAACAACACUUAAGUGAGCUAUGGAGAGAAGGCAUCAACAGGGUUGAUCGGUUUGAGAGACAAAAUCAAACGAACACUUUAAAAAAAAAGCCCAAAGCCAUCCUCCAACCACACACUCUGCCUGCUAUUUAAUCUCUUCUUCUUUUUGUCAUUGUUUUUGUGUAUUCCCUCUUAUACUUUGCCAACCGAACAGAAGUCAGAGCUUCUUGUAUGUUACUCAUAGACAGUAUAAAAGAUGAACCUGGCACCUGGCUCCAAAAAUUAAGCCUGCCCAAAGUGUCAAAAACUUUUCAAUUUAAAUGGGACACCAAUAAAACAGGGUCAGCUGCUUUUCUUCUGAGAGUGCGAGGCCGGUAACGGUUCCUAUAGUGCAGAACCCAGUCAAACACAGAAACUCAACUGCAACUGUGGAUAGUGCAGUACACACACACACACACACACACACACACACACACACACAUCAAACAUUUUACUACUUCCUCGUUCAGUUGAGGGUGCACACUUGGCACCCCUACUCCUAGACAUCGGCUCUCAUACAUUUAAAUAUGCACAUGCACUCUGAUAUAUUCAUUUUUCAACCUGGUUAAUAUUUAAAAAUUUGUAUUUGAUAUGGAAUUCCUCAUUCAUACUGUUCCAUGGUUUGCUAAAUACACAGAUUUUUUUUUCAGUUGUCAUUUUUCUACAAACUUAUUUUGACAGUGGGAUUCUUGUUUCUCAAGAAGUGUGAAGACAAGGGAAAAGAACAUUUUCUUGGGAAUGUGAAGAUCUGCUGUUUGUUGUAUAAAUAAAGUUCAAUUCAGUAGUC